GGCAGAAGAACUCUUGGGUCAUUGUCUCUAGUUGCCUCCAAUACCUCACUUCCCGCGUUGAAACGUUGACUCCUCACCGCCAUCAUCUCCCGUAUCUCUCUCUCUGAGAUGGCGUCCACGACAAUAACAAAUGUUUCCAACUCUGUGAAACGAUACCGGUCUUCUCUCACCCUCUCCAAUCUCCUCAGCUUUGACAGCGCAAAGUCAGCGCUGUUCUUCUAUAUCCUGAUCACACAGACUAUCAAAGUACAACGUCAUCUUCGAGCUCGUGGCGUUUCAGCUACUCUGAAGGAACUAUAUAUAUGGGUAUCUCAGCAUGUAAUCCGACUCAUUCUACGCGUGCCCGCAACGCAGAGAAAGGUCGCUGCGCAAAUGGACAAGGCAAAGCUAGACAUCGAGAACCGUCUAGUUCCGAAAGGUGCCACCGUCGUUCGCCACCUUUCCCUUCCAGAUGAGGGCAAGUCUUUUGAGUGGAUCAUUGCGGAAAUGGACAAGAUGGACGAAGAGUUGGGUGGGAAGCGUGGCGUAUGGAGUGAGGGAAAGCUUUCUGGAGCUGUGUAUCAUGGGGGUGAGGACCUUGAGAGACUCAUCGUCUCCGCCUACCAGCGAUACUGUGUUUCUAACCCGUUACACCCCGACGUCUUCCCCGCCGUCCGCAAGAUGGAAGCCGAGAUCGUCGCGAUGUGCUUGAAACUGUACAACGCACCUGACGGAGCUGCCGGCACCAUGACGUCUGGGGGCACCGAGUCUAUCAUUAUGGCUGUCAAGACCUAUCGCGACUGGGCUAGGAAAGUCAAGGGCAUCACAGAGCCCGAAAUGGUCGUGCCGGCGUCUGCGCAUGCUGCCUUUGACAAAGGCGCGGCGUACCUCAAGAUCAAAGUACACACGAUCCCUGUUGACCGUUACACGCGAAAGGUCGAUAUGAAGCGUCUCAAACGUGCAAUAAAUCCCAACACCAUCAUGGUUGUUGGCUCAUGUAUCAAUUUCCCGGAUGGGAACCAAGACGACAUCUCAGCUCUCGCUGCUUUAGCACAUAAACACAACAUUGGACUGCAUGUCGACUGUUGUUUGGGAAGCUUCAUUGUCCCCUAUCUUGAAUUAGCGGGAUUGUCUGGUGGAGAUGAUAAGGGCAAAUAUAAACUCACUCCAUUUGAUUUCAGGCUGAAGGGCGUCACAAGUGUUAGUUGUGAUACGCACAAGUAUGGGUUCGCGCCGAAGGGCACAUCGGUGAUCAUGUACCAUACAGCAGAACUUCGCCGCUUUCAGUACUACGUUAACCCUACGUGGUCAGGUGGUGUAUAUGCCAGCCCAAGUCUUUCGGGAUCCCGACCCGGCGCCCUCAUCGCAGGAGCUUGGGCCGUAAUGCAACAUAUGGGAACCAAGGGAUACCUCGACUCAUGUCGAUCCAUCGUCCUGGCCGCUCGUACCAUCGCAAACGCCAUUACCGAAACCAUUCCCGAACUAUACGUUCUAGGUGACCCGCCAGCAUCAGUGGUCGCCUUUGGCAGCAAGCACCCGAACGUGAACGUUUUGGAGGUUGGGGAUGCGAUGAGUUUGCGUGGUUGGCAUUUGAAUGGGCUCAGUGAUCCUCCUGCGGUACAUAUUGCUUGCACGCGACUCACGCUACCCGUUGUCGACGCGUUCAUUGCAGACCUGAAGGACGCGGUCCGGGAAGCCAAGGUGUCUCCUUCAGGAAGCGGGACGAUGGUCGCUGUAUAUGGUUUGGGCAACUCGAGCGCAGUCGGUCCUGACAUGGUGGGGCAGCUUGCUACGGCCUUUUUGGACGCGCUGUAUAAGGCUUAG